AUGCAGAUCUUCGUCAAGACCCUCACGGGUAAGACUAUCACCCUAGAGGUGGAGUCAUCGGACACCAUUGACAAUGUGAAGUCCAAGAUUCAAGACAAAGAGGGUAUUCCCCCAGAUCAGCAACGUCUUAUCUUCGCCGGUAAACAACUCGAAGACGGUCGUACCCUCUCCGACUACAACAUCCAGAAAGAGUCUACUCUGCAUCUCGUGCUCCGCCUACGCGGUGGUGGCAAGAAGCGCAAGAAGAAGGUUUACACCACCCCAAAGAAGAUCAAGCACAAGCGCAAGAAGACCAAGUUGGCCGUGCUUAAGUACUACAAGGUUGAUGGCGAUGGCAAGAUUGAGCGUCUCCGACGUGAAUGCCCCCAGCCCGAGUGUGGUGCUGGUGUGUUCAUGGCGGCUCACCACAACCGCCAGUACUGCGGCCGCUGCCAUCUCACUUAUGUCUUCGAUGAGUCAAAAUAG